CAUUAAGAGGAGUUCAAGAUCAACCCUAUUUAAUUUGUUUCUAUGAAACGGAACUUUAUUUGGAGGUGUAUACUUACCUUGGUGUAAGCAAUUCUGCUCCCCAUUGGAGACAGUCAUCCAGCCUCAAUGGCCUUUCAGGAACUCUUGAAUUCAGUCAGAGGCAUGGGGAGGUUUCAGAUUUUUCAGAUGACUUUUUUCUUGUUCUGUACUGCCAUAGUGAUUCCCCACAACUAUUUGGAGAACUUCACUGCAGCCAUACCGAGUCAUCGCUGCUGGGUCCCCAUCCUUGACAAUGACACUGUCUCUGACAAUGACAGCGGAAUCCUGAGCCAAGAUGACCUCCUGAGGAUCUCCCUCCCAUUGGACUCCAACCUGAGGCCAGACAAGUGCCGUCGCUUUGUCCAGCCACAGUGGCAUCUCCUUCAUCUGAAUGGCACCUUCUCUAAUGUGACAGAGGCAGACACAGAGCCCUGUGUGGAUGGCUGGGUGUACGACAGAAGCACCUUCCUCUCCACCACUGUAACUGAGUGGGACCUGGUAUGUGAAUCUCAGGCACUGGAUUCUAUGUCUAAAUUCACAGUCACCAUUGGAAAUGUGAUAGGGCAUUCCUUAGGUGGCUAUUUAAUAGACAGGUUUGGGAGGAAGUUAAUCUUCACAUAUGCUUUACUGCUAAUGGCCAUCUGUGAGACCUGUGCAGCUCUGGUUCCUACCUUCUUCAUCUACUGCUCAGUUCGCCUUCUGGGUGCGGCUUGUAACUUACUCAUAUUCAUGAAUAGUACUUUGCUAAUGGUAGAAUGGACAAGCCCUAAAUUUCAAGCCUUGGUGACGAUACUGAUAACAUGUGCUCAAGGUUUUGGAAAUCUAAUAGUGGCAGGCCUGGCAUCUGCAUUUCGAAACUGGCACCACCUCCAGAUGGCAAUGUCUGUGCCAGUGUUUUUCCUCAUUAUACCCACAAGGUGGCUGUCAGAGUCAGCUCGGUGGCUGAUUGUGAACAACAAACCACAGAAGGGCUUAAAGGAGCUUAGAAAAGUUGCUUGCAAGAAUGGAAUAAAGAACUCUGAAGAUGUCUUAACCAUAGAGGUUGUGAGAGCCGCCAUGAGGGAAGAGGUGGAGGCAGCAAGGACAAAACCUUCUCUGUGUGACUUGCUCCGUGCACCCAAGUUGAGAAGACGCAUGUUUCUCCUGUGUCUUUUGAGAUUUACAGCAAUUAUCCCUCUGAUGGGCUUCUCCAUCCAUCUCCAACAUCUAAAUAUUAAUGUCAUCCUACUGCGAUGUGUCUCUGGAACAGUGUCCAUCCCAGCUUCUGUUGCUGGAAGCUUUUUACUGAACCACAUUGGCUGUAGGAUAUAUCAACUAUUUCUCAGUUUCCUGUUUGGAAUCUCCAUGCUUGUUAUAGUGUUUGUCCCACAAGAAAUGCAGACUCUCCGUUUGGUUUUUAUGAUACUGGCAAUCACAAAUUCCAUGAUGUUUUUGAGCAGUAAUAACCUGUACACAAAUGAACUUCUACCCACAGUGAUCAGGGCAAGAGCAAUGGGAGUAAUUGGACUUUUUACUAAUAUGGGAGCAUCCCUGUCUCCUCUUUUAAUGAUCCUCACCAUGUACUCUACCAACUUACCCUGGAUCAUCUAUGGAGUACUCUCCAUCAUUGGUGGCCUUAUUUUUCUUCUCCUUCCUGAGACCAAGAAUAAGCCUCUGCCUGACUCCAUCCAAGAUGUGGAAAAUGAGUUGAAAGUUUCAAGACAAACAAAAGAGGAAGGCACUAUCAUCAAAGUGACAAAGUUUUAAAGAACUCCAGGAAUUGGCCCAUGAUCAAAUAAAUAACAGGAUAAAGAAACAUGUCACACAAAAUGUCAUGUUCCAGGAUAAUUUUGCCUUUGCCACAGUACCUUCCGU